UACGCCUAUUACAUCAGCUAGCUUCGAAUCUCCUUACGCUCUUGGGCAUCAAGCAAAUAUAUGAAAUGAAAUUGCUCCAUCACCGAGGCAGUCAACUUUUACAUCAAAUGUGCAAUCAAGUAAAGCAAAUGAAUGAGGAGUAUGUUAAUGGAGCUAUCUUUGAAGCUGUCAAGGGAGGGCUUGUUGAGUUUAUUGAAGAGAUAAUUAAAGUAGAUCACCAACUUCUGCAUAACACUGAUGAAAUGGGAAGAAACAUAUUUUUUUACGCUAUCCUACAUCGUCAACCUAAAAUAUUCAGCCUUAUAUACGGGAUUGAUUCGAAAAAUUCAAUUACAAAUGCAGUGGAUAAAUCAAGUUGCACUAUCUUGCACAUGGCAGGGAUGUUAGAAACUUCCAAGAAACGUGAUCGCAUUACAGGUGAAGCUUUGAAGAUGCAGAGCGAACUUCAAUGGUUUAAGGAGGUGGAGAGAAUUUGCCUUCCUUGGAUUAAUGAUAUUCAAAAUGAUACAAACAUGACACCAAGAGAAUUUUUUACCCAUAACCACAAGAACAUGGUGAAGGACGGAGAGAAAUGGAUGAAGGACACUGCAACUUCUUGUACAGUGGUAGGAGCUCUCAUUAUUACCAUUAUGUUCACCGUAGCAUUCACUGUUCCAGGUGGUAAUGAUCAAAAUACAGGAUUCCCAAUGUUCUCACAUAAAACAUUAUUUAUGGUCUUUAUCAUAUCCGACACAUUAUCGCUGUUUUCUUCUUCAACUUCAGUAAUGGUCUUUCUCGGAAUCCUUACGUCACGUUAUGCAGAAGAAGAUUUUCUUCGCUCAUUGCCUACAAAGAUGAUAACGGGACUUUCCACUCUUUUCUUCUCUAUUGCAACUAUGAUGAUUGCUUUUUGUGCUGGUCUUUUCAUUAUGCUACCUGGAAAGUCAUGGAUGACCAUUCCUGUCAUUUGCCUCGCUAGUGUUACAGUCAUCCUAUUCGGUUUUAUGCAGUUUCCGAUUCUUUUUGACAUGUUCAAGUCAACAUAUGGACCAGGUAUCUUUAAUAGGAAAAUGAAACGUUUGUUUUAAGUAAUUUAUUUUGAUAAUUAGGUUACUACAAUCAAUGAGUUUAGAAUGAACAAUUUGGGAUCAUUGAACUUGUGAUGUAUUAAGCAUAUUGGUCUUACGCUCUCGUAAUUGAUUAAUCAUUUUUUUCUUAGAUCAUUUUAGC